AUGUCUCAACACGACAUUGUUGCCUUGUGUGACAUUCUCAGGCACUAUGUUCAACGACGUACCAGUCUUCAACAGACGUCACUUCUCAGAAAGAUAUUGAUAACCCUCUCAUUCUACGCAUGUGGAUCUUAUCAGAGGAUGUUGGGCCGAUCCAUUGACGCUGCUGUGAGUCAAACAACAGUUAGCAGAAUCAUCAAAGAAAUAACUGGUGCUUUCAAUCACCCGAAUGUCCUAACUCGAUUUAUCAAGUUUCCUUUAACACGCCAGGAACGAGCAGCAGUGAUACAGAGGUACAAUGGUAGAAAUGUUGAAUAUGAAGCAAAAUCAGAUUGUGCUGGUGUUAGUAUUAUUGGCUGA